UAUGUCGUUCUCUGUAGUAGUGGUCAGGACAGCGUUUUGGCGGGCAAGCGACCUCAAGAUGGCCGCCCAGCCGUGAGGAGGUAAUCAGCUGUUUGAGGCCUUAUUAUACGCUCAUCUAAGAAGAAGAAUGUAAUCUGCUUUGAUUAGAAGCACAGAUGAUACUCAGCUCAUUUCCCUUUCUUCUCUUUUGGGCUCCAGAAUGACGGAGCCAUCUUUCCAAGGAUGCAGUAGAAUGAACUCGGCACCCUCUGCCAGGAUGUUUAUGCUUCGGGCCUUGGAAAAAAUUUACGGAGAGAAGGAAAUACGCAGGUCACAUCAUUCUCAGCUGAAAAGAGCUGUGGAACAAGCUCUUGAGGAAUUGCGUAGUGAGCUGGGAUGGCCAGAAAACGGCUCCGGUACGGGUGGUUCUGCUGCUUUGCCUAUGCCCAAAAGUGACGCUCCACAGCUGGAUGCAGAGAAACACUUCCUGCCGUUUGAACUAGCCUGUCAGUCUAAAUCAGCGAAGAUUGUAGUGUCGGCUCUCGAUUGUAUUCAGAAACUAAUUGCAUAUGGCCAUCUGACUGGGAACAGUGCUGACGUCAAUAAUCCAAACAAACGGUUGAUUGAUCACAUUGUUGAAACAAUAUGCAAUUGCUUUAAUGGUCCUUCAACCGAUAAGGAUGUAGAAAUUCAAAUAAUCAAGGCCUUGCUGACUGUGAUUACGUCACAGUAUGUUAGCGUCCACGAAGGCACAGUGCUGGUGGCAGUGCGAACUUGCUACAACAUUUUUUUGGCAUCACGGGACAUGAACAACCAGGUCACUGCAAAAGCUGCUCUUACACAGAUGAUCAACAUCAUCUUCACUCGUAUGGAGAACCAAGCGAUUGAAGAUGCUGCUGAAGAGAGUGGACGUGAACACAGCUGCAGUACAGUCUCCUCCAACAGUGCCAGUAGCCAAGCUGUCUCGCAUGAAAAUGGGCAGCAGGAGCGGCAUUCUCAGCAGGAAUCAGACGCUGAGCUUGGCCCUCUCCAGCAGCAGAACAUUUCCUUGCAACGAAAUUCCCAUUCACUCACAGAUAGCUCUGUAACUGACUCCACAAUGAGUUCUUGUAAUGGUGUGCAAGAUAUAUCCAGUGAAAAUGUAGAAAUACCUAUUCCAAAUGGUUCGGCAGUAAUUAUUGAGCCGCAACUACCAUCGUGUCCUCUCACAUCACAUCAAAUAGCCACAGAACUAGUUCAUGAUAUAGUUAACCAGGCGGUCACAGUGGUAUCAACUGAAGAAACUAUUCUGAAAAAUGGUCAUCUAGACAGUGUAAAUGAAGUCAACAACGUGGAAGCACUGCGUUCAUCUGAUACUUUUGAGUCAUCUUCCCCUGAAGGUGACGAGAGUGUAUCUGCUCCAGGUGUGCCACAAGAGGACACGGGACAGGGGGACGCAUCACCAUUAUCAACAGACCACCGCAGUGAUUCCGUCGCCUCUAAUCCUCCCCUUACUCCAACCUCCAUCACUAGAGUGCCGUCACAGGAGAGUAUAAAUACAAUGACAGAUGGAGAUACGGCCAUGACGGCCAAGUUGUCUCACACGCUCCAGAAGGACGCUUUUCUGGUGUUCCGUUCCCUGUGUAAACUCUCUAUGAAGCCCCUAUCUGAUUCCCCUGACCCAAAAUCUCAUGAGCUCCGAUCGAAAAUUCUGUCUUUAGAGAUGCUUCUUUCAAUUGUUCAGAAUGCAGGGCAGGUUUUUCGCUCUAAUGAAACCUUCAUCACAGCAAUCAAACAGUACCUUUGUGUAGCACUGAGCAAAAAUGGCGUCUCUCCGAUUACAGAGGUGUUUCAUCUCUCUCUUGCCAUUUUUGUUGCCCUUUUGUCAAACUUCAAGGCUCACCUUAAAAAACAAAUAGAAGUGUUCUUCAAGGAGAUCUUUCUUAACAUCCUUGAGGCAGGGAGCUCCAGCUUCCAGCACAAGUGGAUGGUGAUACAGGCACUGACACGUAUAUGUGCUGAUGCUCAGUCAGUGGUGGACAUAUAUGUCAACUAUGACUGUGACCUCAAUGCCGCCAAUGUAUUUGAAAGACUGGUGAACGACUUGAGCAAAAUAGCUCAGGGAGGGCAGCCUGGAGAGUUUGGAUCUACGCCACUACAAGAGCGCAGUAUGAGGAUCAAAGGACUAGAGUGCCUUGUAUCCACCCUCAAGUGCAUGGUGGAAUGGUCCAAGGAACUUUAUGUCAAUCCAAAUACUCUCUCUAAUUUAAGUCAAGAAAAGAAAGAGUCAACUGAUGAAUCAGAAGUGAGCCAGUCAUUAGAGGAUAAUCGGACUUCUUUGGCCAGACAUGGCUCUCAUAACUCCAUUAGUUCCAUCCAGUCUUCAUCUACUAACACCGCUUCCUCAACAGUCGGAGUGGAUAAUCCCGAACAAUUCCAGUGUCUCAAACAUAAAAAAGAGAUAUGGGAGCAAGGCAUUCAAAUGUUUAACCGGAAGCCAAUGCGCGGCAUAGCAUUCCUCCAGUCUCAGAGGCUCUUGGGACCUACUCCAGAGGACAUUGCCAAGUUCUUCCAUGACGAUGACAGAUUGGAUAAAACCCAAAUUGGGAACUUUCUUGGUGAAGUAGACAACCUUAAUAAAGAGACAAUGUGUGCAUAUAUUGACCAAAUGGAUUUUCACAAUUGUGAAUUUGUGCCCGCUUUACGGAUGUUCUUACAAGGAUUUAGGCCACCUGGAGAGGCUCAGAAAAUUGAUCGGUUGAUGGAAAAGUUUGCCUCGAGAUACUGCGAGUGUAAUGCCAACAUUGGACUGUUUGCUAGUGCGGACGCUGCGUAUGUGUUGGCCUUCUCCAUCAUGCUGCUUACUACAGACUUACACAAUGUCCAAGUCAAGAAUAAAGUAACAAAGGAAGGGUACAUCAAAAUGAACCGAGGGAUCAAUGAUUCCAAAGACCUUCCAGAAGAGUACUUGUCCAGUAUCUAUGAUGAAAUUGCUGGCAAUGAAAUCAAAAUGAAGGCUACUUCUACGAAAUUGGGAAAACAAGCUGUUGCAAAUGAGAAGAAACGUAAGUCACUAUUUAAUUUAGAGAUGGAGACUAUAUCAAUAACAGCGAAGUCUUUAAUGGAAGCAGCUUCACAUGUCUCUGCCACCUUCACUCUGGCAACCCAUGUUGAGCACGUCCGACCCAUGUUUAAGAUGGCUUGGACACCAUUCCUGGCUGCAUUUUCAGUGGGUCUUCAAGACUGUGAUGAUGCAGAAGUGGCAUCCCUCUGCCUGGAUGGUCUUAGAUGUGCCAUCAGAAUUACUUGCAUAUUUCAUAUGAAACUUGAAAGAGAUGCCUUUGUGCAGUGCCUCGCCCGAUUUACACUCUUGACAGCUAAUUCACCACUAACUGAAAUGAAAACCAAGAAUGUUGACUGCAUCAAAACUCUCAUCACAGUUGCACAUACUGAUGGAAAUUAUCUUGGAAAAUCCUGGUUGGAAAUCCUAAAGUGCAUCAGUCAACUAGAGCUGGCCCAGCUGAUCGGGACCGGGGUAAAGCCUCAGUACAUAAAGGAUUCUGGCCUCAAGAUGCCGCAUGAAACUUCCAACUUCCUUGAUGCCUUUCCAGAAUUCAUUACUGGUGAGCAGAAGAAACUGGCUCACAUUAAGGAGUCCAUGGGGGAAACUUCUUCCCAAAGUGUUGUUGUGGCUGUUGACAGAAUAUUCACCGGGUCUACACGAUUGGACGGAGAUGCUGUGGUUCACUUUGUCAGCGCCUUGUGUCAAGUGUCCCUCGAGGAAUUAGCCGCUCCCUCACCACGGAUGUUCUCUUUACAGAAGAUUGUCGAAAUUAGUUACUACAACAUGGGUCGCAUCAGGCUGCAGUGGUCCAGAAUAUGGGAGGUACUAGGUGAACAUUUCAAUAAGGUUGGUUGCAACCCCAAUGAAGAAAUUGCCGUGUUCGCUGUCGACUCUCUACGUCAGUUAUCGAUGAAGUUUAUUGAAAAGGGAGAGUUCUCCAACUUCCGUUUCCAAAAGGAGUUCCUUCGUCCAUUUGAGCACAUAAUGAAAAAGAAUAGGUCACCCAAAAUAAAAGACAUGGUGGUCAGAUGUUUAACACAAAUGGUCAAUUGUCAAGCAAAGAACAUCAAAUCAGGUUGGAAAAACAUAUUCAGCGUCUUCCAUCUUGCAGCCUCCGACCAUGAUGAAAAUAUUGUAGAAAUGGCCUUUGAAACUACAAAAGAAAUUAUAUCUCAAAUCUACCAAAAAUACUUUAUCACAGUGAUAGAUUCAUUUCAAGACUCCGUCAAGUGCCUGAGUGAGUUUGCCUGUAAUGCGGCGUUUCCCGACACCAGCAUGGAGGCAAUAUCACUUAUUAGAGAUUGUGCUAAAUAUGUUGAUGAGAAACCACAGAUGUUCCGGGAGCACAACUUGGAGGAUGUGACUGUGUGUGCUGAGGAUAGAGUAUGGGUACGAGGUUGGUUUCCCAUUUUAUUUGAGCUCUCCUGCAUCAUCACCAGAUGUAAACUGGACAUCAGAACCCGUGCUCUGACAGUUCUGUUCGAGGUUGUGAAAAAUUAUGGAGGGUCAUAUUCGUCCCACUGGUGGAAAGACCUCUUCCAGAUUGUGUUUAGGAUCUUUGACAACAUGAAGUUGCCGGAACAACAGACUGAGAGUGCAGUGGAGUUAACCGAGAGGCAGGCCGAGAAGAAUGAGUGGAUGACGACAACCUGCAACCACGCUUUGUAUGCCAUUGUGGACGUCUUUACCCAAUAUUUUGAAGUCUUGAGUCCCAUGCUUCUGGAAGACUUGUACUCCCAGCUUCACUGGUGUGUUCAACAAGAUAAUGAACAACUUGCUCGCUCUGGUACAAACUGCCUCGAAAACCUUGUGAUAAGCAAUGGGCCUAAGCUAAGCUCGCCUACAUGGGACAAAACCUGCCAGUGCCUCUGGAAUAUAUUCAAUUCCACGUUACCUCAUGCCCUUCUUAAAUGGAGACCGCCUGAAUCGGGCCCUUCUCGUCAGGUUGGCAUCGGAUCAGUGAGUGGUGAUUCACGGGCAUUUACUGGGCUGCUAAUCCGUUGUGUUGUUCAACUAGAGCUUAUUCAGUGCAUUGAUAACAUUGUAUUUUUCCCUGCAACUAGUAAAAAGGAAGAUCAGGAAAAUUUAGCAAUGGCUCAGGCUGGAGAUGCUGCAUUCUCAGUGACCCGGGACCAGAGAGAAGACCAGGGCAUGUAUCGUCAUUUAGCUGCCAGUCAACUGUUUACACUGCUUGAUUGUCUUAUGGCAUCACAUGGUUUUGCAAAAAAAUUCAAUUCAAACCAUGAGCAGAGGAACCUCUUGUGGAAAGCAGGUUUUAAGGGCAGUGUAAAACCUAAUCUUCUAAAGCAAGAGACACAGUCAUUGGCAUGUGCUCUUAGGAUACUCUUCCGUAUGCUGGCUGAUCCGUCCAGAGAGCAGGAAUGGCCUCAGGUACAAGAACGUCUGAUCUUUGUAUGUCGUUCGGGGCUGGAAUAUUUCUUGUCACUUCCGGAGUCUCAUCGAGAGGCAUGGACCAAUCUUAUUCUACUUUUUCUUACCAAUAUCCAAAAGAUGUCUAAUGAUCAGUUUGCUGCUCAUGCUUCCAACUAUUACCCAUUUUUGUGCGAGAUCAUGUGCUUCAAUCUCAAGCAGGAAUUACGAGCUGUUCUGCGCCGCUUCUUCUUACGCAUUGGUAUCGUAUUCAAUAUCACUCACCCAAGCAUUCGUAAUCAUACCACAUCCACGUCCUCAAUUGGAUCUAAUUCUCACGCGAAAGAUACCUUUAUGAGUGAACAGUGAGUUGUUCCGCAGAUAUACCUCCCAUACUCUAGUUACUUGGAAGUUAAGUGACAAGACAAAUAGCCUGAGUUGCAGAUUUUUUGAGACAUUUUCUUUAGCUGUUUUGAUAAUAAUUAAUAACUGUCAAGAUAAACAUGAUGGAACACAUCACUCCAAAUUUUGCACAACUAUGAAAAGUGUGCUGCAUUAUAAAGUGGGUAUAUGAGGCAUAUGAUGUGCUACUCUUCAGUGCAAAUCAAAUUUGGUAGCAGAAAAUGCAGAAGCUUUUAGUGAUACCCAUAAUGGGGCCAUUGAAAACCUUAUGUGCUAAAUUUUGUACAAUUGUUGAUGUUAUGUGAAGUAUCUGCCAUAUUUUCAAUACAUAAGUUUUUUAAAUAGUGAAAACCCAAAAUGAAAACGCCUGGUAAAACCAACAUGGAAUUUAUUAAAUUGUUAUGAAAAUAGAGCAAAUUGUUAAAUAAAAGUAAUAUAUUUAAUAGAUGUACAGUACAGCUUGUUUAUACAGUACUUUCCACUAUAGAAGAUCUAUAGAUCAUGGUUUACAAAAUUCCAAUAAAUUUAUUGGUUGAAUCAAAAAUCAACAUUUUAUUGAUAAUUACUGUACUACUCUUGCCCAAUUUUCAAAUAGCUGAAUUCGUUAUGAUUUUAAGAGCUUGCUUUUUUUCGUAUUACAACUCGCAUGAUUUGUCCUUGUUAUUUUGUCCACUUGGCUGCUGCAUUUUCGUUGUUUUUUCCCGAGAGCAAGAUUGAAGAAAUUUUCUACAGUUACCUGAUGUUGCCAAUAAGAAUGCUCUAUUAUGAUGAAAAUACUGUUGGUUAGAUGUUUGUUUUGGUUUUAUGGGUGUCCAUAGUCUCCUGGGAUCAGGAACAGCAUUUAUUUUGCACACAAGCUCAUACACAUACACACACGAAUGCACGCAUGCAUGCACAUACUUAAGCCCAUUCACUUGUGUGCAUGUAUGUACAUACGUGUGCAUAAACAUAUAGUUACUGACUCAUGCAUCUGUACAUACUUUAUCGUGUGUGUGUGUUUGCACAUUAACACACAUAUUUACAUACACGAUCACAACCAUGUUUAUAUGAAUUCAAGUGUGUUUGCAUGUAGGUAUCUUGAGAAAUGUGAGAGCUGAUAAAUAUAAGUUAUUUGGAAGGUAUUUUACAAAUGUGUGCUGCCUGACGUGUGUGCAAUCAGACGUGUAAAUGAUCUGGUAGAUGGUGAAAAAAUGUGUGAGCUGGCAGAUGUGCUGACAAAAUAGCCCCAGAGUGAAGUAAAUGUAUGCCUUUGAGUAUAUUGUUUUCUGAACAUAAUGACGUUGAGUUGUUUGAACAAAGAUGAUAAUUUAUAUGGCUACUGUACUGUUAAGAUAUCUUUUGUAAGCGAGUUUCUUGAGACUUGGCUUUGGAGUGGAAAAUUUAAUACAAAUUAAUUUACGUGCAAUAUAUCAGUACGAGAUAUUGGUGUGCAAAGAAAAAAUUAUUAAUAUUAAUUUUAUUAAUAUUAAUACACAAUUGCUGUACAAAGAAUCAUUAUUAGAUAUAGUGUAGCAACACAGUGUGUAUUGGAUAUAUGGGGGGACCUUGAGUGUUUGUUACAUGGAAAGUUGACGUUAUAUAUGAGUAAAGUGAAUGUUGCUUAUCCAGUACCAUAUGUAGAGAAUGCAUUUUAUUUAUAUGGUGGAAGUAUAUCUUGGUUAUGUAAUGAAGUGUAUAUUGGUUAUGUACAUGAUUGGAUAUUAGUAAUUUGAAUAAGAAUGAGAAAACUUAAGAUGAAGAGUGAGAGAAAAAAGUAGAUUAGAAAGCCCAAGGGAGAGAGUGUAUGGCUGAGAGAGGCAUGCAAUGGAGUAAAGGUAUAAAUGCAUUCCACAAAGAAUAACGAGGAGACUACAGACAAGAUACUUGACUGGUGUGAAAUGUUUCAUUGUUGGAUAAAGAUACAUGUAUUAUAUAGUGCAUUCAAAGGAUGUCAUGGUACCAUUACAUCCGUUAUUGGACAUGAGAGUGGGAAAUUCAGACACAUCUCAUGGUCACAGUUCUCAGCAUUUUUGAAAAAUCUGUGAAAAAAGCAACACUUGGAAUAUUUGUGAAUAAAUUGUCCUUAAUAUAUAUAAAUGGUGAAAGUUGGGGGGGUCUGUUUUUAAAGAUCUUUAGCCUCUAAGUUGGGUUUAAAUUAUUUAAGCAUUAAGAGUUUUCCUACUACAUUCAGGGCUUUAUUUCCACUCCUAGAGCGUGUGCUAGUGAAGGAUUAGCCAGACUACAGAAACAAACGUAUUUAAAAAGUGGUGUUGCAUAUUUUGUCACAAUAUUCACUGUAUAUUUUUGGUUUCGUGUAAAUAGAACAGAUUGCAAAAUACUGUAUUUUGUAUAAAGUAAACUUAUCAGUAUCCAAGAUGCAGGAAGGGAGACCACUGUGGACAUGCAGGUAUUCCAGAUAAGCAAGAGCUUGCUAAACCCAUCAUAAUAUUGCACUUGCAGUCAGUAAGAUGACAUACAAAACAAUAGGAUGGGAAAAUACUACAAACAUCAUCUGGUAACAGUUAAUUUAGAAGUGAAAGACUGGAUGUACUGUAAUAUAGUACUGUACUCUUCCCCCACCUUAUAUAUAGUUCUCGUUCACAGUACUGUACAGUAAUCAUUUACCACAUAUAGUGGGGUUUGUGCUUUUGUUUUUCUUUUAAAACUUGCUUGCUUCCUUCUUAAUUUUAAUUGGAUUAGGUAAAAAAAGUAGAACUAUAACUGCAGGGUGUAAAAAAGGUUGUGGUAUCAUGUGAGCACAAUGCAUGUUUACCGGUAUAGAUAUCACAUGAAAUUUCCUAACAAGAGCAUGCAACUAACCACAUCUGACGGCUGCAUUGUACUAAUACCGGCCGGUGGUGGGAAUUUAAAGAAAUGCCUUAAGAUAUUGAAAUGCUGGGAUACUUAGCAUGUCUGGAUAUGGGGAAGUUUGCUGCAAGUCUGUCUAAUGGAUCAUUUUAUUCUUCCAUGCCGAAUUUUCCCCUCAAACAUUUGGUAACUCCUAUAACAUUAUACUGCAUUUGCAUAAUAACUGAUAUUAUAUCUCUUGUGCCAAUUUAAUCUCAUGAUUUUCACUGUAAUAACCUUCAACAUUUACAGUCACUUGCCCACAUCUAAAUUUGACAAUUAUAUUCUAUCAAUAAUAAUUUUCUUCACUCUUUUCAGACUGCACUUUUCUUAUACUGGUACUUGACCUGAAGCUCAUUUUUGUAAAUGUUCUCUCUCCAUUUCAUUGUAAUUCUUGUAAAGAAUGUGAUUUUCAUAUUUUUGCUUGAAUCAUACCACUCCUUCAGUAUAUCUUGUAAGCUGUAAAAUCUGUUUACAUAAUUAACAAAAAGUUCAUUGAUGUACUGUAAUCAAAUUUAUAUGAAUGCCAUAUUUGAUUUUGAUAUACAGUACCUUACAUAUAAUGGGUUCCUGGGACAAGUAUUCAUGCUUUUUAUUUCUUUUCACUUAUCACUAACUUCCAACAUCAAAAGUCUUAUUAUAAUUAUUGUAGCACUAUAUCAGUUUUGUGACAGUACCAAGCCAUUGCUAAAUUUAUAAUGUGCAAUAUUUAUAGUUUAUUUUAACAUUAUUUUCACACGAGAAUAAGACCUUCUGUGUAGAGAGAAUUUAAUGCCUAUAUACAUUGAACUAGUCCUCUUUAUUUGUAUAUAUUUCCUCAGAUGUGAUUACUGUAACAUUCCAUAUCCUGCAUCAGAGAGCUACAAGAGGAAGAAGUUAGGUUAUUGUUGUGGUUGACUGCAUGAAGAUUCCUCAUAAUACAGUAUCCAGUCAUUCUUUCUAUUCACGCAUUGGAGGCACUCAUCAUAAUCUCUCAUUACUUUACUGUAUUCAUUCUGUUUAAAAUGCUAGCAUUUUUGGUUGUUAGUGCAUGUCAAAACAAGAUAAAAUAAUAAGAUACCAAAUUUUAGAUAGUCUCUGCAUGUACCAAAACUAAGACAAUAAAUGUGCACGGUGAUGCAGUGUGUCGGGUGUGCACUGCAGAGCAUAAAUAGAAUGGAAUUUAUUUCUGUUCGAACAUUUAAAGUGGAAAGUAUAGAAACGUUUAUUUAUUUCCGAGCCCUAUGAGUAAAGUGUACAUAUGGUGCUUUUGACUACUCCUGUGCCGAAAUAAUUUUGCAGCCACGACAGUACUGUAUAUGAAUUGAAAUGCUACAAGAUUUUGAUGCCUUCACGUGAUAUUUAUAUCUAGUAACGCUUUUUAGUUAUCUUACAAUUUGUGGCGGCAUGCACUUAUUUUCUAGUACAGGAUGCAUCAAUGUACUUUCAGGGAAGAUUGCGAUAUAUUAAUACAGUACGAAUUUAUACAAAAAUGUGGCACUUUAAAUUUCAUAAUUUCAAUAAAUUCCAACUAUUCCUAAUAUUAAAGACAGUAGUUUAGGGAUUGUUGCAGGAAGCCGUAUAAAUACCAAGUACUCUUCAGUACUCCAGUGAUAAGGAUUAAAGUUGUGCUGUUAUUAUUCAAGCGUUCACAACCCUUUUCUAAUACUGUUCACAUACAGCCCUUGUAAAAGAUUUGCAGCAUUUAUGUGAAAAUAUAUUCAGGAAAGACUUAUUUAUUCUACAGCCUCUUCAAGACUUUAGUUACAGUAUUGAAAUUCAGGUUCUUAUGAGAUACAAUACACGUUUUUUUCAUUCACAUGUUUUUAUUUGGUGAAUUAUGUGAGGAAAAGACACUUAUAUAGUUUAAGACUAAUAUCUGUGCGAAUGAAGGUGGAAAUAUUUGUUUAUGAUUACCUUUUAAUCUGAAAUUUUAACAUGGUAUUGAGUCAUGUGUUUUAACUUGGAGAUGAAAUGUUGCUCUUAUCUAUUGGUAUAAUGUGCGGGGAAAAUUUUAUUACUAGUAUUGUUAUAGAUAUAGAUUGCUUGCCGAUUCUCAUAGAACUGGCCUGAGGCUUUAAUGUUCAUGAUCUGUGUAAGAGAUGUAAAUAACAUUAUUUCAUUUCACACAAAGUAUUAUUCUAUUUAAUUUUUUUUUUUUUUCAGAAAAUUAGUUUUAUCGACAUUUAAUUGCAUAUUGAUUUGUAAACAUUCAUGUUUUUUUUCAUUAUUUAUAAAAUGUCAAAAUGUUUUUCUGAAAAUAUUUUGGAAAUUUUAUCGUAAACAAGUCUUAAUAGAAGCAAAAGUGCAAUUUUGUGAUGUCCUUAUGAGCGAGACUUUCGGGAGAACUGUGUGGGAUGAUGAACUGAAGUUUUCUUUAUGCAUAUUUUUUUGAAGAUUCAAUGUAAAUACAUUCUUGGUUAUAAAAUAGAUAUGCUUUUAUUGUCAUAGAUGACUUCUGUUUUAUUAUCUAGAUUUAAUAUAAAUAUAUCUAACUGCUUUAACAAUUUUAGUUUAAUUUUUCAUAUCUAAUCAUUAAUAUCUCCUGACAGUGGCAAAAAUAGUAUAAAAUGUUACAUAAAAUACAAAUCCUAUAAUGCAGUUCUUGGAGUACGUAAUAUUAAUUAUGCGGUGAGGAUGUACAUUUAUACCACAGUAAUUGUAUAUAUAUGAGUGUUGGUUAUUUCAUUAUUACAAAUAAAUCCAGAAGCUAUUUCCAAA